UCUGCUGGGGUCUGGAUUGGAGAUACGAAGACCGGACCCUAACUUGUAUGACUGGAGUCUAAAGAAAGAAAAGGAUUCCCCCUGCCUCAAAGAGUCUACAUGUCUAAUAUUUAGACAUGUUCAGCUUUGUGGAUAUUCGGUUAGCCCUGUUGCUUGCCGCAACAGUAUUUUUGGCAAGAGGUCAAGGCGAAGACGAUCCAGGGACAGCCGGCAGCUGUACGUUGGACGGCCAGUUGUACAAUGACAAAGAUGUGUGGAAACCGGAACCCUGCCAGAUCUGCGUGUGCGACAGCGGUACCGUCAUGUGCGAUGAAGUGAUUUGCGAGGACACCACCGACUGCCCCAAUCCAGAAAUACCCUUCGGCGAAUGCUGUCCGAUCUGCCCUGAUGCACCAGGUCCCCAAGAGCCACAGGGGCCAAAAGGCGAUCCUGGACCCAAGGGUGACGCGGGUCUCCCUGGGCUUCCUGGCAAUGAUGGCAUCCCUGGCCAGCCUGGUCUUCCUGGCCCUCCUGGCCCCCCUGGACCCCCUGGCCUUGGCGGAAACUUCUCUCCCCAGAUGUCUUACGGCUACGAUGAGAAAUCUGGUCCUGCUCAGGCUGUGGCCGGCCCCAUGGGUCCCAUGGGUCCCCGUGGUCCCCCUGGCCCCCCUGGCCUGACUGGACCCCAAGGUUUCACUGGCCCCCCUGGUGAACCUGGUGAGCCUGGUGCUUCUGGUCCCAUGGGUCCUCGUGGUCCAUCUGGCCCCCCUGGAAAGAAUGGAGAUGAUGGUGAGGCUGGAAAGCCUGGUCGCCCCGGUGAGCGCGGUCCAGCUGGCCCUCAGGGAGCCCGUGGAUUCCCCGGAACCCCCGGACUUCCCGGCAUCAAGGGACACAGAGGCUUCAGCGGUCUGGAUGGAGCUAAGGGAGACUCUGGCCCUGCUGGACCAAAGGGAGAGGCUGGCGUCCCUGGUGAGAAUGGAGCUCCUGGUGCAAUGGGUCCUCGUGGUCUCCCUGGUGAGAGAGGCCGUCCUGGCCCCUCUGGCCCUGCUGGUGCUCGUGGUAACGAUGGUGCUAGCGGUGCUGCUGGACCUCCUGGCCCCACUGGCCCUGCUGGUCCCCCCGGAUUCCCCGGUGGUGCUGGAGCUAAGGGAGAGACUGGUCCUGCUGGAGGCCGUGGAUCAGAGGGACCCCAGGGUUCCCGUGGUGAGCCUGGCAACCCUGGACCUGCCGGCCCUGCUGGCGCUGCUGGCAACCCGGGAUCUGAUGGUGCCCCUGGUGCCAAGGGUGCUCCUGGUGCUGCUGGUAUUGCUGGUGCCCCUGGUUUCCCUGGAUCCCGUGGUCCCGCUGGACCUCCAGGCCCUGGUGGCGCUCCUGGACCUAAGGGUAACAACGGAGAGACCGGCGCCUCUGGACCCAAAGGAGAGCCAGGUGCCAAGGGAGAGCCUGGUCCUGUUGGUGUUCAAGGUGCCCCUGGCCCUGCUGGAGAGGAGGGCAAGAGAGGUGGUCGUGGUGAGCCUGGUCCUGCAGGUGCUCGUGGAUCCCCUGGAGAGCGUGGUGCCCCUGGUAACCGUGGAUUCCCUGGUGCUGAUGGAGCCGCUGGCCCCAAGGGUGCCCCAGGCGAGCGUGGUCCUACCGGACCUGCUGGACCCCAGGGUGCCACGGGUGAGGCUGGCCGCCCCGGUGAGCCCGGCAAUCCUGGAUCCAAGGGUAUGACUGGUAGCCCUGGCAGCCCUGGUCCUGAUGGCAAGGCCGGCCCCGCUGGUGCACCUGGACAAGAUGGCCGUCCUGGACCCCCAGGUUCCACUGGAUCCAGGGGUCAGCCCGGAGUCAUGGGAUUCCCUGGACCCAAGGGAGCUGCUGGUGAGGCAGGCAAGCCCGGUGAGAGAGGCGCUGUGGGACCUGUUGGUCCUGUUGGUGCCCCUGGCAAGGAUGGUGAUGCUGGUGCUCCUGGUGCCCCUGGUCCUGCUGGACCUGCUGGAGAGCGAGGUGAACAGGGACCUGCUGGUCCUGCUGGAUUCCAGGGUCUGCCUGGACCCCAAGGUGCAACUGGUGAGGCUGGCAAGCCUGGUGAUCAGGGUGCUCCUGGCGAGAGUGGAGCCCCCGGGCCUUCUGGAUCCAGAGGUGACAGAGGUUUCCCCGGAGAGCGUGGUGCUCCCGGCCCAGUUGGCCCAGCUGGUCCCCGUGGCUCUCCUGGUCCAUCUGGUAAUGAUGGUGCAAAGGGUGAGCCUGGCGCUGCCGGUGCCCCUGGUGGUCAGGGUGCCCCUGGUCUCCAGGGAAUGCCCGGUGAGCGUGGUGCCGCUGGUCUGCCAGGUGCCAAAGGUGAAAGAGGUGAUGCUGGUCCCAAAGGUUCUGAUGGUGCCCCAGGCAAGGAUGGCAUCCGUGGUAUGACUGGUCCCAUCGGUCUUCCUGGCCCACCUGGUGCUUCUGGUGAGAAGGGAGAGGGUGGUCCCGUUGGCCCUGCUGGUCCCACUGGUGGUCGUGGUGCUCCUGGUGAACGUGGUGAGAGUGGUGCUCCUGGACCUGCCGGGUUUGCUGGACCUCCUGGUGCUGAUGGCCAGCCUGGUGCUAAGGGAGAGACUGGUGACAGUGGUCCAAAGGGUGAUGCUGGUGCCCCUGGUCCUGCUGGACCUGCUGGUGCUCCUGGACCUCAGGGUCCUGCUGGUGCCACUGGACCCAAAGGAGCCCGUGGUGCUGCUGGUCCUCCUGGUGCUACUGGUUUCCCUGGUGCUGCUGGUAGAGUUGGACCUCCUGGCCCUUCUGGUAAUGCCGGUCCCCCUGGCCCCACUGGACCUGCUGGAAAAGAAGGACCAAGGGGUAACCGUGGUGAGACUGGCCCUGCUGGCCGCCCUGGUGAGCCUGGCGCUGCUGGACCUUCCGGACCCGCAGGCGAGAAGGGAGCUGCUGGUGCUGAUGGCCCUGCUGGUGCUCCUGGUCUCCCUGGACCUCAGGGUAUUGCUGGACAGCGUGGUAUUGUGGGUCUGCCCGGACAGAGAGGCGAGCGUGGUUUCCCUGGUCUCCCUGGCCCAUCUGGAGAGCCCGGAAAGCAGGGAUCUUCUGGUCCCCUUGGUGAGCGGGGACCCCCUGGCCCCAUGGGACCCCCUGGACCAGGUGGCGCCCCUGGUGAAGCUGGCCGUGAGGGUUCUCCUGGUCAUGAUGGUGCUCCUGGUCGCGAUGGUCCUUCUGGCCCCAAGGGUGACCGUGGUGAGACUGGCGUCGCUGGAGCUCCCGGUGCCCCUGGUGCUCCUGGUGCCCCUGGUCCAGUUGGACCAUCUGGCAAGAGUGGAGACCGUGGUGAGGCUGGCCCAGCUGGUCCCGCUGGCCCUGCUGGUCCUGCUGGUGCUCGCGGUGCUGCUGGUCCAGCUGGUCCCCGUGGUGACAAGGGUGAGGCUGGAGAGACUGGUGAUAGAGGCAUGAAGGGACACAGAGGCUUCAGUGGUCUGCAGGGUCUGCCCGGACCUGCUGGACCACCUGGAGAGCAAGGACCUGCUGGAGCUACUGGUUCAGCUGGACCUAGGGGACCAUCUGGUUCUGCUGGUGCUCCUGGCAAAGAUGGCAUAAACGGUCUUCCUGGCCCUGUUGGACCCCCUGGACCUCGUGGUCGCACUGGAGAAAUGGGACCUGCUGGUGCUCCUGGACUUCCCGGACCUCCUGGCCCCCCUGGUGCCCCUGGUAGCGGAUUUGACAUUGGCUUCAUUGCCCAGCCUGCUCAGGAGAAGGCCCCUGAUCCCCUCCGUGGCUACAGAGCCGAUGAUCCAAACAUGAUGCGUGACCGCGAUAUGGAGGUGGACACCACCCUGAAGUCCCUGAGCCAGAAGAUUGAGAACAUCCGCAGUCCCGAGGGCACCAAGAAGAACCCUGCCCGUGCUUGCCGUGACCUGAAGAUGUGCCACCCAGAGUGGAAGAGCGGCGAGUACUGGAUUGACCCCAACCAGGGUUCCAUUCUGGAUGCCAUCAAGGUCUUCUGCAACAUGGAGACUGGCCAGACCUGUGUCCACCCAAGGCAGACUGACAUUCCCAAGAAGAACUGGUACACUAGCAAGAACAUCAAGGAGAAGAAGCACGUCUGGUUUGGCGAAUCAAUGACUGAAGGCUUCCAGUUCCAGUAUGGCACUGAGGGCUCCGACCCUGAUGAUGUCAACAUUCAGCUGACCUUCCUGCGCCUGAUGGCCAAUGAGGCCUCCCAGAACAUCACAUACCACUGCAAGAACAGCAUUGCAUACAUGGACCAGCAGACCGGCAACCUCAAGAAGGCCCUGCUCCUGCAAGGCUCCAAUGAUAUCGAGAUCAGAGCUGAGGGCAACAGCCGCUUCACAUACAGCGUCAGUGAGGACGGCUGCACGUCACACACGGGCGCAUGGGGCAAGACUGUCAUUGACUACAAGACAACAAAAACAUCUCGUCUGCCCAUUAUUGACAUCGCUCCUAUGGACGUUGGUGCACCUAACCAGGAAUUUGGCAUUGAAGUUGGACCUGUGUGCUUCUUGUAAAAAAGAAAUCUGGACUUGAAAAUGUUUUUUUUCUAGCAGUCAUCUUUCUAAAAUCUUUUUCUAUGCAUUAAAAAAUCAAAGUAUCAUUCGGCCACAAUUGAUCCACUUGCUUAAAACUACAUUCCUGAGGACGGUGUUUGUGUGUUAUGAAUUAAAACAAACUUUGGGACCACUACUUUUGCUGACACCUCCACCAAGGACACUUAAAAAGAAUCAUUUGUUUCUCUGGCAACAAGAAAAUAAUAUAUACUUGUAAAGUGUAAAAUCCCCCUGGAGUUAGAACAAGAAAAAAACAAUGAGACACAGGUGACUUUUGCCUUUUUUACAACUGCGGAAGGACAAUGAAAAAAAGAAAUGCUAUGUACCAUUUUCUGGUGUUAAAUAAAUUUGAAAAACGACAGUGAAGUGUCUUGUUGUUCUAACCACAAGGAGAGCUAUCACCGGAAAUGUGUUGUUCUUAAAAGUCACAUGAGGAAUUUUCAUUUUUAAAUCUUAUGGCUACCUCAGAAAAUAAAUCCAUGUUACCCAGAGUGUUCAUAAACACCAGGACAGGUUUUACACGACAGAAGUAUGGUUGAAAAAGCAAGUAACAGCUCUAAAAGGUGCUAUUUCUUCAUGAGGUCCUGUCUGUGGUGUGCACUAAAAUAUACUUUUUAGUCAUAUAUGAUUGUCACUGAUGCUUACAGGAUCUUUGGUGCUACAACUUACAAAAAUGUCUUGCUGUCAAAGGAUAACAAAUGUUUUUUUCUUUUUAAAGUGCUGGUUAACCACCCUAGAUUAGAGGUUGGCUGAAAGAUAAUUACUGUAGAUGUGAUACAUGCAAUCUGUCUGGUGCAGAUUAAGCAGGUGGAUUUGUUUCGGUUUUAACUCAUUUUUUUUUCACCACCCCCUGUUGUUCCACGUUUUUCCCCCCAUUUUUUCAUUUUUUAUUUUGAUUGUUUUAAAUUCCCCUUUUGUUGUCAUCUCAUUGCUUGUGGCAAUACACAUCUUUCACCCUUUUGUUUGUUUGUUUUGUUUGUUUGUUUUCUUUCUAGCGAAGGGUUUUUUAAAAUGAAAAUGAAAAAUAAAAAAGACUAAAAAAAUCAGAGAAGCAGACACACUUUGGGGGUUAAAAACAAGAGGAUCUGUACCUAUUUUGUAUAUGUAUAAUAAUUCGAGAUGUUUUUAAUUAUUUUGGAUGCUGAAAUAAAGCAUGUUAAGUGGUCUACCUGAUGUUUGUGACAUGUGAUCUUGACUUUUUACCCCUGACUGCUCACUGGACGUAAA